AUGUCUAGCCGGCAGUCUGUUUUGUAUCUUUUCGAUGUGGAUGGCACCCUGACUAAACCGCGGCAAGUUAUAACAGAAGAACUGAAGGACUUCUUGUUAGAUAAGGUGAAAUCUAAAGUGAGUGUGGGACUCGUCAGUGGAUCUGAUUAUGUUAAAAUAGCUGAACAAAUGGACGGGGCGGAAGUGGCAGCUAAGUUUGACUAUGUUUUUUGUGAGAACGGUGUGGUUCAGUACCGCAAUGGUAAGCUGAUCAGUUCUGAAAGUAUCCUGAGCCACCUAGGAGAGAAGUUGUUGCAAAGAGUCAUCAAUUUCUCACUUGGAUAUAUGUCAAAGAUUGAGUUACCAGCUAAGCGUGGUAACUUUGUUGAAUUCAGAUCAAGCAUGAUUAACAUUUGCCCAGUGGGACGGUCUUGCAGCCAGUCUGAGCGAGAAGAGUUUGUUAAGUAUGAUACCAUUCACUCCAUUAGACAAAAAUUUGUUGAUGCAUUGAAGACUGAAUUUGAAGGUUCAGGUUUGACAUUUGCACUCGGUGGCCAAAUCAGUGUGGAUGUGUUCCCUACGGGCUGGGACAAGACUUACUGCCUUAAUCAUGUAGCAGACCAGCACUUUGAACAAAUACACUUUUUUGGAGAUAAAACAAUGGCUGGUGGUAAUGACUAUGAGAUCUACAAUGACCCACGGACAAUUGGUCAUAAAGUUAUAUCUCCAGAUGACACCAAAGAACAAGUAGUUAGGUGCCUCAAUAUUUAA